AUGCAAACACAGGUUUCACUCUCUGAGCAGCGACACGUACCGGCCGUUCAGAAGCCAAAACCCCAUCUGCCUGCCAGCCCACCAGCACCACCACCGGCCAACGAGGCAAAGAUAAGCAAAGCCAGAGAGGAACAAUCAAUCCGAGUGAACCGAACGGGGAUAGCGACUGGCGCCAGCGCCUCCGCACGACCGCCACCGGCCAACGAGGCAAAGAUAAGCAACGCCAGAGAGAAACAAUCAAUCCGGAUGAAUAGAACGGAGAAAGCGACUGGCGCCAGCGCCUCCUCACGACCACCACCGGCCAACGAGGCAAAGAUAAACAACGCCAGAGAGAAACAAUCAAUCCGGAUGAAUCGAGCGGAGAAAGUGACUGGCAGCAGCGCCUCACCACGACCACCACCGGCCAACGAGGCAAAGAUAAGCAACGCCAGAGAGAAACAAUCAAUCCGGAUGAAUCGAAUGGAGAAAGCGACUGGCGCCAGCGCCUCUCCACGACCACCACCGGCCAACGAGGCAAAGAUAAGCAACGCCAGAGAGAAACAAUCAAUCCGGAUGAAUAGAACGGAGAAAGCGACUGGCGCCAGCGCCUCCCCACGACCACCACCGGCCAACGAGGCAAAGAUAAGCAACGCCAGAGAGAAACAAUCAAUCCAAAUGAAUCGAAUGGAGAAAGUGUUUGGCGCCUGCGCCUCCCCACGACCACCACCGGCCAACGAGGCAAAGAUAAGCAACGCCAGAGAGAAACAAUCAAUCCCGAUGAAUCGAACGGAGAAAGCGACUGGCGCCAGCGCCUCCCCACGACCACCAUCUGCCAACGAGGCAAAGAUAAGCAACGCCAGAGAGAAACAAUCAAUCCGGAUGAAUCGAACGGAGAAAGUGACUGGCGCCAGCACCUCCCCACGACCACCACCGGUCAACGAGGCAAAGGUAAGCAACGCCAGAGAGAAACAAUCAAUCCGGAUGAAUCGAACGGAGAAAGCGACUGGCGCCAGCGCCUCCCCACGACCACCACCGGCCAACGAGGCAAAGGUAAGCAACUCCAGAGAGAAACAAUCAAUCCGGAUGAAUCGAACGGAGAAAGCGACUGGCGCCAGCGCCUCCCAACGUAUCAGGUUGGAUCAUCGCCUUUUAUAG